UAGCAUUCCUUUUUUGGUCACUAUUCAGCCACGCUUCAUGUUCUUUUCUCUUUCAUGUAAUGAUUCACUAUUGCUUCUAUUGCCACCAACCCACAACAAGAACAACACUUCCAUGGCUUCACGUUCACCUAGGCUUCUAUCACUAGCAAGAAGAGCCUUUUCUUCAUCAUCAUCAUCAUCAUCAUCUUCUCAACCUAAUGCUGUUUCCUUAGUUCAAGGAGCUUCCAGAGGAAUCGGUCUUGAAUUCGUGAAGCAAUUGUUAGAGAACAAUGAUAAAGGGCAUGUUAUUGCUACUUGUCGUAAUCCAAAUGCAUCAACUGGGCUUCUCCAUUUGAAGGAUAGAUUUGAUGAUUGUCUUCAAAUUUUGCCAUUGGAUUUGACUAUUGAAAGUUCUAUUGAGGAAUCUGCAUUGUCAAUAAAAGAGACAUAUGGCCAUCUAAACCUUCUCAUAAAUGUAUCUGGAAUUUUUUCAAUACCUGGAGUAUUACAACCAGAAACCACAUUGAACAAAUUGGAGAAGUCGUCUUUAAUGCUUGCGUAUGAGGUUAAUGCCGUUGGACCUAUCUUGGUUAUCAAGCACAUGUGGCCUCUUCUAAAAGUUGGGGGUGGCAUUGGGACUGAAAGAAGUUCUGCAGUUGUUGCUAGUUUAAGUUCAAGGGUUGCAUCUAUUGGAAAUAAUCGUCUUGGUGAUUGGCAUUCGUAUCGAUCUUCAAAAACUGCUCUUAAUCAACUGUCGAAGACUAUCUCGUUGGAAUUUGCAAGGAAGAAGGAUCCAAUAAUAAGUAUUUUAUUGCAUCCUGGUACAGUUGAUACAGAUCUUACUAAGCCAUUUCAAAAAAAUAUUCCUAAAGAAAAGCUCUUAACCAAAGAGUACUCAGUUCAAAAGUUGUUACACAUCAUUAACAAUGUGAAGAGUCAGGACAAUGGAAAGUUCUUUGCUUGGGAUGGUCAAGAAAUUCCUUGGUAAUCUGUUAUAUUUAUGUUAAACAACAUAGCAUGAAAGUGCGGCAUCUGAAUCAGAGAACGCAGACUACUCAAACGAGGUUGUUAAAAUGGAGACAACUCCGAAGAAAAAAGGACAUCAUAUGAGAAAGAAUUUGCAGGCGAUGAAUAGAAUGAACAGAAUGAUAGCUUGCACCGGAGACAAUGAUAGAAACAGCUUAAAUAUAAAUAGUUAAGAAAUAAGUUAUUAUUUAGAAUGCAACCAAAUUGCCUUUGUAAAGAAUCCUAUUUAACAAAAUUCAAAAAUGAUUUACCUUA